AUCCUUGCUGCGAUCACGUCGCGAUCCUCGCCACUUUGGCUGAACGGCGGCAACAGCCUCCCUGGGAGGUUGCCACGGUGGCCGCCCAGGUGGGCGCGCCAUGGGGCGAAUCAGAAUGCAGUUAGGGCUCCUCCUGGGCUUGGCACCCCUGGUGGCCGCGCAACGGGAGGCGCCUGGGAUCUUCAAGCGCCUGGCUAUGGCCGGCGAGGAGAUCCUCGAACGAGCUGUCAGCGACUUUGACAAGUGCAGCUGCCGGUGCUGUCAAGCGACUGAGCGGAAAGACCAAGAAGUGGAACGCAGUUCCUACGGGUCGUUGCUGACGCACAAGUGCGUCCACCCGUACCCAGCCACUGAGAAGUGCCCCGCCGAGUGCACGGCCAGUCAUCGCCUCGAGGCUGCACAAACCGCUGCGAAGGGCGUCCUGGACUACGGUCGUUUCUGCUUCCAUGCUUGUACGCCGACGGUGAUGGUCAACGGUGGCACCUGCUCAACGCCCGAGGAGGCCGCAGCGCUCCGGGCCGCCGCGGCGGGGAACGCGGCGAGGAACGCGGCGGAGGCAUGGCAUCCGGCAGACAUGAAGAUCUCUGAGGAGCCGCAGCUGGCCGCUGCACCCGCGCCUGCGCCUGCGCCUGCACCUGUGAAGCCAGUGGAAGAGGAGAAGGAGGUGAAGAAGAUCACUUGGGACCUCCGAAACAUCCGCGCGCAGCGCGCCCGCGCCGAGCGCUACGCCGCGGACGCGCGAGCGGCCUAUGCGGCGGAGCAAGUGAAGUUGCACACGCACGAGAUCAAGAGCACCGUGAAGAUGCUGGAUCGCGUGAAGAAGAGUGUCAGCGAAGACACCAAAAGCUUUGAGCCCGAAGUGCUGAAGGCCAAGGCCAAUGCCAGCGCGGCCGGCGAUGCUGCGGUGGAGACCUACAAUGUCUUCAAAAAAGCCAAGGCGCAAUCUCGCAAGGUCCGGGCGGAGACCAGGGACCUCGCUCGGACGAUCAUCGCUGAAGCGGCGGCCGGUGCGGCGCAGGCGGAGGCUGAGAGCUUCGUGCGGCGGAUGCACCAGGCUGAGGUAGCCAACUUCCGUGCGCAGGUGGCGAAUCAGGCUAGUUUGCCCUAUGCCGGUGGCGUCACCACUGGCGUCCAGCGGGAGGCGGAGUACCGGAAGCUGGCGGAGGACUCCGACGUGACCGCGCGCGAAGCGGAGAUACAGAUGGAUGAUGCUGAGAAAGAAGCCAAGAGGCUGGAACAGUCUGACAGGGUGCUGGCUGGCAUGAGGAACCGGGAGGCAACUGCCUUGAGACACCAGGCCCGACUGACACGACACCAGAGCCGAAGCGGAAUACGGAACACCGGGAGGAAGGCCGAAGAUGCCCAGGCAGCAGCCUCCAGGUAUCGAAGCUUAGCCAAGAAGGCCCAUUCCGCAGCCCUGGGGUGGCAAGAAGCCUCUGCCAAGAACUCGGAACAUGUCGCCGACAUGUACGACCUCUCAGUGGCCGUGAUUCCAACCCCGCCUCCGUUGGUGGGCAUCCCGCGGCCACCGGCCUUCCGAUGAGACCGGAGGUCUUCAGAGGUUUGCACGGUGGUGCGUUGCUCCAAAAAGCGUGGCUGCGUGGGCGGGGGUGUGGCGGGGUGCGAGGCGGGGC